AUGAUGGUUUUAGAAAAAUAUCAAAAAAUUAUACAGGGAAAAGUUCGAGAUAUUUAUGAAUUAGAUGUGGAUCGACUUUUAUUUAUUACAAGUGAUAGAAUUAGUGCGUAUGAUGUAGUUUUAAAGAGUGAAAUACCGGAGAAAGGCAAAAUAUUAACGGCAUUGUCAUUAUUUUGGUUCAAAAAACUUGGACAUAUUUGUAAAAAUCAUUUAAUUGAUGUCAAUUUACCAAUAGAACUUGAAAAAGUACGAAAAAAUAUUGAAGGAAGAUUUAUGAUUGUAAGAAAAUAUCAAGUACUUCCAAUAGAAGCAAUUGUUCGCGGUUAUUUAACAGGAUCGGCAUGGAAAGAAUAUGUAAAGCAAGGAACAGUCCAUGGAAUCCCUUUACGUUCAGGCUUUAAAAAAGGACAAGCAUUAGAUAUGCCAUUAUUUACACCUAGCAAAAAAGCAAAGCCGGGAGAACAGGAUGAAAAUAUUAAUCCUAAAGAAGCAUCAAAUGAAAUUGGAGAAAAGUAUGCGGAAGAAAUGGAACGGCUUUCUUUGUUACUUUAUAAAGAGGCGCAUAUAUAUGCCAUGGAAAGAGGAAUUAUUAUUGCAGAUACAAAGUUUGAAUUUGGUGUAGACACAAAUGGUCAUCUUGUAUUAGUAGAUGAGGUGUUAACACCCGAUUCAUCCAGAUUUUGGAUUUGCAAUUCGGUCGAUGGCGAGCCAUAUAGUCUAGACAAACAAUACAUACGGAACUGGCUUGAAGCAGAAAACAAAGCUGGACAAAAAGAUGUAAUACUUCCCGAAUCGGUGAUCUAUCAAACAAGACAAAGAUAUAUAGAAGUUUAUGAAAAAUUAACAGGAAACACAUGGACUAAAUAGAUAUAAAAACAUAUAGAACAAUUUAGAACUCAGAUAAGCUAAUUUAUAAAAAAAAUGCCAAAGAAAUGAAAAAAAUAUCAAAAUUAUGCUAGUUCUAUUUUACAAUACUAUUGUGUAAUUCUAUUUCACAUCUUGAUAUUUCAGGAAAAUCAGAUGUAGAAUAAACUUCAUUAGUUGCCUAACACUGUUAUAUAUCAUAUGGCCUUAGAUACUGUACUUACUUGCAUCCAACGGAAAUAAAGCUCAAAUGGGCCUGGAUGUCGAUCCAAUAAUGAAAUACCUACUGCUUGAAUUCGAUAUACUUCAGAAAAAUGAUACGAAGAUAAUUGAACACCUUUUCUAUUGAAACAAAAAUUAUUGAAUGGUAUCUUGAAAAAUUCAACAUAAUACAAUAAUAAAUAGAAAACAUACAGUAAUAAUUUCCCAUUUUCCAGGACUUUUAAAAGUAAAAGACGCUCGGUAGAGAUCUGGUCCAAGGAAAGACGUUGUUUCUAGAUCAAUAGAAUAUGUUCUUGAAUCACCUGCAGCACAUAACGAAAAAUAUCGAUAACGACUUAGGUCCCAACUAGGUCUAAGAAAAUCUCUUUUUUUUAUACGGAAUGUGGCAUACAUAGGCCCAUCAGGAUUUAAUACAAUCUCUCCGUGAAAUCGACCACAACAUAUUUUUUCAUCAAAUAUUAGCUGAGCACUACUAUUUCCGCCGCAAUCUUUAUCAGAUCCCAAUGCUAUUUGUUCAACUACAUUCAAUUGAUUCAACUUUAUUAGAACAAGUGGGCGAUUCAUAAAGGGAAAAUUUUCAAAAACUGGAAAAAUUGUUAUUAUAUAUAUAUAGUGUCAUCAUUACCUUUGUCAUAUCCUUUUUU